CCCCCCCCCCCCAUCCUCUCCUCUCCUCCAUCUCCCGUUCCCUGGAGUCGAUCCAGCAAUCAUGUCUGAAUUCGACAAAGAGCUCGAGAUGGCGGAGGCUGAUGCUCGGCCGCAUGUGCCCCAUUCGACUAAAGAAGACACCCACCGGAAUUCGUCUGACGACCUCGUCCGGCCGACCUCGUCCGGCUCAGCCUCGUCGGGUUCGAGCAGCUCCGUCGACUAUAACCCUCAGAUGCACCGUCUCCAAUCGCGAAAUACCGAAGUUGAUCUCGAGCGCCUGCGCACGGGCACCUCGCAUGCCCUCAGUCGCAUUGAAACCCAGCGCCUGCAGCACGCCUUGACUGUAGGGGAAAGUGUCAAGUCGCGACCAUCCAAAGGCCCGUUGCCAGCCUUUGGCGCGGGCAAACCCUAUCCGCCGCCUCUCCCCGCCCGCGAAGACUAUGUCGUCGAGUUCGACGGGCCUGCCGACCCCUUAUACCCCCAGAAUUGGCCUUGGAAGCGCAAAAUCUACAUUAGUGCCAUCCUCGCGUUCACCAGUAUUUGUUCCACUUUUGACUCGGCCGUCUUCAGCGGCUCCUCCUCGAAUGUCGCCAAACACUUCCAUGUGGGUCUGGAAGUAGCAACGCUGUCCAGCUCGCUCUAUAUUGUCGGGUAUGCAUCGGGUCCGCUGAUCUGGGCGCCCUUGUCCGAAUUGAAGGGGCGGAAACUGCCGAUUGUCCUUGCGAUGUUAGGGUUUGGGAUUUUCAAUACCGCCGUCGCCGUCGCCAAGGAUCUCCAAACGCUGAUGAUCUGUCGCUUCUUCUGCGGCAUCUUCGGCAGUUCCCCAUUGGCGGUCGUCGCCGCCAUCUUCUCCGAUAUGUAUGAUAACCGCACGCGCGGGGUGGCCAUCGCCAUGUUCUCCGGCACCGUCUUCCUGGGUCCCCUGCUGGCCCCCUUUAUCUCUGGGUUUAUCAACGCCUCGUAUCUGGGCUGGCGCUGGACCGCCUAUAUUCCGGCCUUCAUGGGUUAUGCGGCCUUUGUGAUGAACCUCUUCUUCUUGCGAGAAUCCUAUCCCCCCGUCAUCCUCAUCGCCAAGGCCUCCGAGCUGCGCCGGCGCACCAAGAACUGGGGGAUCCACGCCAAGCAAGAGGAAAUCGAGGUCGACCUGCGCGAGCUGGUGGUCAACAACUUCUCCCGCCCGCUGCGGCUGCUCAUAAACGAGCCCUUGAUCCUGGCCGUGACCAUCUAUCUCAGCUUCAUCUACGGCCUACUGUACUGCUUCCUCACGGCGUAUACUCUGGUCUUCCAGGGGGUCUACAUGAUGCCAGCCGGGGUCAGCGGGCUGCCGCUCUUCGGCAUGGUGGUGGGUCUCUUCAUCGCGGCUGCGUAUAUCAUCUAUAGCUCGCGGGGCUACAACCGGAAGCUGGAAGCCAACGGCGGCGUCCCGGUGCCCGAAUGGCGGCUGCCCCCCGUCAUGGUGGGCGGCGCGCUCUUCGCGGCGGGGCUGUUUUGGUUUGGCUGGGCCGGGUAUACGGGGAAAGUCCACUGGAUUGUGCCCACGCUGAGCGGACUGUUCACGGGCUUCGGGCUGCUGAUCAUCUUCAUUCAAUUGUUCAACUAUCUGAUCGACACCUACCUCAUGUUCGCCGCCUCGGCCAUCGCCGCCAACACCUUCUGUCGGUCCAUGGUGGCCGCCAGUUUCCCCCUCUUCUCGCGCCAGAUGUUCGACAACAUGGGCAUCGAGUGGGCCUCAACCCUGCUGGGCUGUCUGGCGGCCAUUCUUGUGCCCAUCCCCGUGGGCUUCUACUUCUUCGGCCGCCGGCUACGGAUGAAGAGCAAGUUCGCCCCCUUCUACGAGAAGGCGCAGGAGUCGCAUGCGCCGGACGAGGAUGACUACGUUCCCGAGGCGCCGGAGAAUGGUUCUGCGGGACAUUAG